UCUCUCUCGUUUCUGUAUCUCUCUCUCACUGGAGGUUGUUUGUGGUCAGGAAGUGUAAGUGUGUCUCAAAAGUUGCUUGUGCAAAAGUCAUUGCCAAUCACAUCCGCACUUGUGAGUCUCUUAAAACAGUUCAGUGUUUCAUGACGAACAAAGCUGAGAGACUUCUAAGAGCUUGUUAAGUGAAUGUUGAUGUGGGAGGAAAUCGUUUCAAAAUGGACACGCUGCUCAUGGCAGAAUAUAAAGACUGAAUAUAUAAACCUGGUAACAUCUUUAGGAUGAGGAUCUAAAUGAGAAGACUAUGGACAAUACAGCAGACUUUGAGGAAUCUGAACUGUACCUGGAGGCCAAGCAGUACAUCGAGAGAAUGAAACAGGAAACUGAGAGAAGCCUUGAGAAGGAGGCCAUCCUGAUGAACAGUGAUGGUCUGGAUCUGUCUGAACACAGCAUCUCAUUGUUCCCCAUCACCGUGCCCUGCACUUCUCUGUCUUACGCUACUGUGCAGUGGGAUGUCCUGGAAACCUCCGCAGAACCUCCGUCCACUGGAUCUGUGAAUGAACUAAACUCUGGAAUGAACUGGACAGUUAAUCUCUCGUCCAUAGACCUCAGUAACAUUCCAAGUGAGGAAGAGUUUGAUGAUUUACUACCUGAAGUCGAGCCACAAACAGACGUCACUUUAACAAACAGUGUCUCUUCUCAGACAUGUAAUGCACAGAAACCAGAUAUAAAUGCACAAAUAGCAUCCUCACAGGACGAGUUCCAGACACCGUCUGCAAACAUAGAAGAAACCACACAGACAUCAGAUUCUACUGCAGAUAUUACAUUGAGAUCUGAGGAGAAUUUCAAGUCUUCUGAUGGUGUUCAGAUCUUAAUGGACUCACAAGGCUCUGAGAUUCAGUCAGGUCAAGAGAGUUCACAGGCGGAAGAGGAGAAGGAAGCAGGGAUUUUAGUCCUUCCCCAACUGACUUUCACCCACCAGAAAAACUCAGAUUCAGAGAGGGAGGAACAUACAGAAGAAUGCACUGAGACAAACAGAGAAUCAUCAGACACAAGAACAAGUAAUCAGGAAGUGUUGAAUUUCAUGGAUCAGGUUAGAGGACCUGGACAGCCUCUGGAAAAGUCAGAUCUUCUAGACGUCCAGUCAGAGAAUGAGUCUGAUCAAUCACAGGAGACCACGAUGGACCAAACGGAACCACAAUCAGAUCUUAUUAUGGAUUCAGAGGAGCUAGAGGAUGUUAUACUGACACCAGAUCCAGUGAGACAUACAGAAGAGAUGAACACAUAUGUUACAGCGAUAGAGGUGAACCAGAAUGAUGAGACUUUACAACAGACACAACAUCCUGGAAAGACUCAGGACUUCUCAGAGCAGUUAAACAUACAAGACGAACUGAAAUCUGCAGAAGAACCUGUCAGUUCAGAAGAAAUGGAAGAAACAGAAAAUGGGCCAAAAGAAGCAGUGAAACACUCAGAGGAGAUGGCAGAACCCUCAACAGAAGCUGAAACCUCAGUAAGAUCCGAUACACCAGAAAUACAGCCACCAGAACAGAUAGAGCAGUUCCAAUGUCCAGAUGAAAGCGAAUUCUCAGAGCAGAUACAACAUCCAAAUGAGGAGAAACCCUCCGAGCAGAUGGUACAAUCAGAGACGAAACUAUUAGACCAGACGAGACAGUCUGAGUCUAGUGACCUGAAACGACCUCAGGUGCUGACAGAUGAGGCUGAACACAUGCAAGAAGAGCUGGAGAACCAGGAACCUGUGUCUCCUCAUGUAAAUGGAGAUGUGGAGCUGGUGGACUGGGCCGAGGCUCAGCGGCUGGCAGAGAGGCUCUACAGAUUGGACGGUUUUCAGCGUACAGAUGUGGUCCGACACCUGGACAAAGAUAACGAGUUCAGUCGUGCUGUCGGGGAAGAGUACCUCAGAUUCUUUGACUUCACCAGCCAGAGUCUGGAACAAGCACUCCGGUCAUUUCUGAAGGAGGUGGUUUUGAUCGGUGAGACUCAGGAGCGUGAGAGAGUCCUGCAGCGUUUCUCCAGUCGAUUCCAGCAGUGUAAUCCAGACGCUUUCACAUCAGCGGAAUCAGUUCUCACGCUCACAUGUGCUCUCAUGCUGCUUAACACAGACCUGCACGGACAGAAUGUAGGCAAGCCCAUGUCUGUGGCUGAAUUUGUGUCCAAUCUGGAUGGAAUGAACGGAGGAGAGAAUUUCAGCAAGGACUGUCUGAAGAGUCUUUAUAACUCCAUCAAGAGCGAUGCAUUUCAGUGGGCCAUAGACGAAGAGGUUCUGGCUAAAUCCAUGAUGCUCGAGCAGGGUGUGGAUCAAGACAGACUGCGAUCAAAGAGUAACCCGUUCCAAGAUCUCCCUCACAACAAGAAGGCCAUCGUGUUCCAGAAAGGCUUUCUGAAACGCAAAGCACAUGCUGACAUUGAUGGCAAACGCACUCCGUGGGGGAAACGAAGCUGGAAGACGUUUUAUGUGGUGCUGAAGGGAGCCGUGCUUUACCUGCAGAAGGAUGAGUAUGGGAUAGACUGGCAGAGUUCAGAGGAAGUGGUUAGCGUUCAUCAUGCUCUCGCUGAGCACGCUCUCAACUACACCAAACGACCUCAUGUGUUCCGGCUGCAGACGGCCGACUGGAGGGUCUUCCUGUUCGAGGCUGCUUCCACAGAACAGAUGAACUGCUGGAUCGGCAGGAUAAACCUAGUGUCUGCGCUGUACUCCUCUCCACCGUUCCCUGCAGCGGUCGGAUCGCAGAAGAAGUUCUGUCGACCCAUCCUGCCCGCCGCUGAGUCAAACCUCACGCUGGACAAACAGCUGCAGUCGCAUGCGGCCAUGUUACACAGUUUCCAGGAGGAUCUGAGUGCUCUCCAGCAGACGGCAUCUGAUGGACGAAAGACAAAAGCCAGAGAACUCGAGGAGAUAAGACAGAGAGAAGAAUAUUUACAGUAUGAGAUUAUUAGAGCACCGUGGUUUGGUUGGACUGAAUGAAGCAGACGCGUUACCUUUAGUGGACACCAGAUGGCGAUAAUCAGUUGCUGGUACCCUAGCAAUGAUGUGACAUUCUGCUGCCUCAGUAGCCUGUCCAAAACCAGUUUCUGGAGGUACCUUCAUAGGCAAAUGCUGUCUGCUGAGUCACUGACUGAUAGAGCAGCGAGGCAACAAGACAGCUACCUUUGAUUUUGGAUGCAGCCACAGUCUUCCACAGACAUGCUUUUAUGCUCAGUGACAGCUGGACGGAGCACAACAGAAUGCAGGGAUGUCAAGGCAUAUUUUUCAAAGUUUCAAACAACAUUUAACUUGACACAGCCUCCUAAAGAGGGUUGGGAACUGAGAACCGGUUCUUGUUCAGAACUGGUUCCAUUCUUUAAAAAAUACUGGAAUCAUUUAUGACCUUCGUGACAUUCGGUUCUGUUAACGGUUCUCCAAUGUGCAGUUUUCUGCCGAUGUGGCUUGAACGGCGCCCUCAAAUACUCUGACAAUGUUUCCAGCAAAGCAUCUCUGCAGCAGCGCUGUCCUUUACUGACUCUACAGUGUAAAACACACAGUUCUACCAGUGUAUUUCAUUCCCAAUCGAACGAGUCUCAAGCCGGCUCUUUUUACAGCGUGAAACAUAUGUGCUUCCGGUACAGUUCGAUUCCUGAAAUAAUUAUUCAAAGGAGCCGGUUCUUUUGAAUCAACAGCACAAAACAUAUGGUGCUUCCGGUAUAGUCCAAUCCCGAAAGAACCAUUCUAAUGGAGCCAGUUCUUUUGAAUCUAGAGCGUGAAACAUACAGCGCUUCCAGUAUACAAGUAAUCUUACACUGAUGUGCAAGUUAUGAAUGUCCAACUCGAAAUUAAAUAAGAACCGUUGAAGUCUCACAAGCCUGAAGUACAACAUUAGGCUACAAAACACAGUCUAAACUGUCUCUGGAACGGUUUCUGUUUAUUUAAUGAUGACCUGCUGUGUAUAGUAAGGAUCUAUUAUUGGAUUGUAUUUAUGUUUCUAAAAAGUCUGCAAACACCUUUUACAAGAACUGUAUUAAAUGUAUUUCUGAUUUGUUAUAUCUGCUCUGUACAAAUCUGAAAUGAUCUCAUUAUUUUGUAACAGACAGCAGAGGGUAGUAAAUGCAAUAAGAAAUGCAUUUCUCAUUUCUAAAUAAUUCUUUUAAAAAAAGUACUAAAAUAAUUAUUGGAAUUGUUACUGGAACCGUUAAGGAACCGGAAUCGUUAAGAGGAAACGGAACCAGAAUCGUAAAAUUCCUUACGAUUCCCAACCCUACUCCUAAAUGCAAAGUACUUAUAACUAGAGGCGCAGAAAACUAGUGACGUGUGAUGCAACCAAAGUCAGACACUCGCUUUUGCCUUGUAGAAAUGCUUAAUUUAUCUACUGCCAUGUAUGUCCUGUAUUUGAAAGAUCUGAAUUAUAAUAUUUAUUUUAUUUCAUAUUUAUAAUGAUUUUAAUAAUUAAAUACUAAAUUCUUUAUUUUGGGGCCUUUUGCAUUUGAUCAAUUAAUUGGCACUACACGUAUUUAAUUCUGUAAAAAAAGUAUCGAUUGAUAGCCCUAGUUUUGGCAUACAUUCUCAAAACUUGUGUGUAUGCGAAAUCUGUCAUUUGUGUGUGUGCGCACUUUUAGGAUGAAACCCAAGCAAAAUUUGAUACACGAGACCACUGAUGAUUUAUGGGAAAAUCCUCAAACUCUACUAAUUUUUCAAGGUGUAUCAGAAAAUCUCUCAAUACUAUCUCAGUUUAAUGUCAGUAAAAUAACAGUGAGUGCAUUUACACAAACAUAUAUACACUGAUAACUAACAAAAAUCAGCUUUUUAAAAAAUUCCAAUAAGGCAAGAAAAUGUAUCUGUUAUGACUGUAACCUUGGUUCCCUGAAAGGAGGGAACAAGACGCUGCAUCAGUAGUUGACGGUAUGGGAACUCCUCCCUGAAGUGACUAUUUCUGAAACCCUUUUAAAUCAAGCUAAUCUGUUGGCAGAUGGCGCUUGAUGCUCCGCCCCUGAUAUACGCGUCAUCGUGGGUUAUAAACCGAAGCAGUGCGCCUUUUAAUCAGGAUUUUUCACCUGAAGGGAAAUUAAAUAUUUGCCAAACGGCAUCUUGGAAAAAGAUGCUGUUAAGCAAAAGGCUCUUUUCUGUGCUUGAUACUUCAGCAAAACAUACAAAACCAAUCACAAUAUCAAUAGCAUUUCAAACACGGAAGUGAUAAAGGAUAUGCUGUUUGUCGGAGCGCGAGCAAGGAGAUAGAAAUAAUCUCUCACUCGCUUUUAAGGUGUUCAGAUUCAACAACGAAGUGAAGAUUUGGGCAUCCAGAGCAUGAGAGAUGUUAUUAUGAUGAUGUGCAUAAUGGCCAGUGCCUCAAGUGCCAUCCACCAGUAGAUUGAUGAGACUUUAAAGGGCUUCAGAAAUCGUCACUCCUGUGAGGAGUUCCAAUAGCGUCAGUUACUGACGCAGCGUCGAAAUGGCCGGGUUGAAAGGGAACCGCGUUUACGUUACUUUUGAAGUCAUCGGGUUAUUCUCUGCCUUUGACAUCAAAAUGUAAACAGGCAUGCACACAACAUUCACACACAUUGGAUAAACCAAAAGAACACCGGUAAAGGUGUUAAUAUGCAGAGCGAAUUCAGCAAAAAUCUGUGGUGAGCAACGAUGUGUUCAUCGGUAUUUGCUUAAUGACGUUACCCUGAUAAAGGAAAGCCAUUUAAUGCAUUUACAUGACCACACACAUUCUUGGCAUAUUAAACAUAAUUGGUGCAUGAACUUGCCUAUAAACGAGCUCUGUGUAAGUAAAUGCUGCUGUUUCA